GCUUUCAGAGUCGACGUGGUGCGCGAAAAUGUUGAUAGAGUGGUGGAUGGUGGGAGUUGAGGAUAUAAAACCGGCACGAAUUCAUUGCACUAUUUCAGUCUUUCAAUUAUUUCGAGUAGUGUAGAGGCACGCGAAGAGCCACCGAAUUUUCUGCACAUCAUUUUUGUUAUAUAUAUAUUUCUCAGCAAGAUCACGAAGGUGUCUAUUGAAGAGAUCAUUUAGGAGCUGCAGCAUCCCAGAGAGCCUCAAGAUCCGGUCUAAAGUUGAUGAUCAUUGUGAGAGUGAUUGGAUUAUAGUGAUAAAAAAACGUUAAAUUUGAAUUUGUUAAAACCAGAAUUGUGCUUGGACAUUGAGAGACAAGUUUAAAAGAAGACGAGAAGUCAGUGGUGGUUCUGUGGUAGAAAAGUUAAAGCUAGGUCCUUGGAUCCCUGACAAAGGAGAGUGGCAGUAGCUGACUUUUUGCUAAUUAAAAAAAAAAGAAUUUAAAAAAAUUAAAAAAAGAAAUAAUUUGAAAGAGAAAUCCAAAGUUACCAACAAUCUUAAACCGAUUUGCAGUUUGAAGAGUUAAAAAAAAGAAAGAAAAACCAAGAGUGAAGCAGAGCACAUUUUGCCAGAUCUUUUUGAGAAAGAGAGAGAUCACUUAUAAGAAAAUCAUCAACUUGAGACCCAAAGUCGUCACGACACAGUGGAAAAUAAUCGCAAGAGAAAAGGCCGUCAAGUUCAGCGAGAAAAAGAAUUGUCUGUACGAAAUCGCAUGGUUAAAGGUUCGAGAAAAGAAAGACUUUGAGUACCUUUUUUUUCUACAUCUCUCUUCGUCUUGGCUGAAAAAUACAAAAGAGAAGCCCAAGAGGUAUAUAAAUUGUGAAAGUGCACGAUUUAGUUACACUUCUACUGCUGCAUACACCAUAAACACAAUAAUUUAUUUAUAAAAUAACCUUUUUUUUGCUCGGUGUGCCUGAAAGAGAAAAAGUAAGAGACUCUAUAAAACUUCCAGUAUUAAUAAACCAUAACUAAUAGAAGCAGAAAAGAGAAAGAAAUUAAAAUAAAACAAAAAAAAAUUUAUGGAAAAAAAGUUAAAAACAUAAAUUACACUGACUUAGCACGAAGUGAAACAAUUUUUCGGGCAAAGGAGAGGUAUAUUAUAGUCAAAAGAUAGGUGGGAGUUGCUUUGAGGAAUCAUUAGAAAUAAUUAGGGUGUAAUUUAAUUAAUUGAAACAGUGAUAAUUGGCUGUGUGGAAUUGUUACUAUAUAUUUUUUUGUUAAUAAAAUAAAAUAAAAGAGGCAUUAGGAAAGAAAGGGUGGAAUUCCUCGAAUUUUCAACGCUAGAUUAUUGUUAAAUUGAUCGCAAUAUAUUGCUGAAUCUCACGAAUUAACUGGUACAUUAAGUAGAAAUUAGCCAUACUAUUUGCUUAGGUAUUUUAAUAGAUAGACUCUGUUUAAUUUUUUUUCUCUGUUGGAGGGAAGAGGAAGCGAUAGAAGAAUGUCUUCACCAGGGAAAGACUUAAAUGCAAACGUCGUGCCAAUUACACUGGCUGUUCCAGUUGGGCCUCCGGCUGUGCCUUAUGAUGUGGAAACACCUCAACCAGUCCCCAAGGAUACCAAGGAGGAGUGUGAACUGAUAAAUUUACAUGAUGAUCCUGCUGAGGAUCUCGCAGAGAUUGAAUGUGAGAGAGCAGAUGAAGCGAAAGAAUUGGAGGAGAUCCCACUGGACUAUGAGGAAGAGGAACACGAUAGUGUAAGUCCACUGAUGAUGGAUAAUCAUACGAUUCUCGAACACCAUGAAUCCUACAAGGAGCUCGAUGAGGGAAGCUUUGAGGAAGAUGAGGAUGUCCAGGUGUUUGAGCCACGACGAAAAACUCAUAUGAAGCACUCAGACACUAAAGACUCAAUCAGCUCAAUCGAUAGCGACUUAUCCCUUUCAUACGAUCGUCACACUGUUCAGGACACUCAGCAUCUUCAAAACUCAGAUUCCCUCUCCUCAGAUGAGAAUGCCAAGGAUUCAGGAUGCGAAGUUACCAAGAGGCAAGCCGAUGAUGACGAAAAGAAAGAUCAGGAUGAGCCCCCCAUUGAGAUCCCCAACGAUGAGAUGUGCGAUAAAAUCAUUGAACAAGUUGAAUUCUACUUCUCCAAUGAUAACAUCCUCAAGGAUGCCUUCCUCCUCAAACAUGUACGUCGCAACAAGGAAGGUUUCGUCAGUCUCAAGCUCGUAUCCAGCUUCAAGAGAGUCCGACAGUUAGUCAAGGACUGGAGAGUCGUAGGAUAUGCCAUCAAAAAGAGGAGCCAAAGGAUCGAACUCAAUGAUCUGGGAACAAAAAUCCGUCGCCUCGAACCCCUACCCGUGUACGAUGAAACAACUCCCUCACGAACUGUCGUGGCUACAGAUCUUCCCAUCAGUCGCAUGACCAUCGAGAGGGUGUUCGAUCUCUUUUCCAAAUGUGGUGAAAUCGCCCUGGUGCGCAUCCUCCGGGUUGGUGGACCCAUCCCAGCAGAUGUUCGUCAGUUCAUUAACAAAUACCCCGAACUGCAGCACAAGGAGUGUGCCCUGAUUGAAUUUCUGGAAUCUCAAUCGGCACGAAAUGCUCAGGCUAUGCCUGGGAUGACGGUGUUGGAGAUGGUGGCGCCCAAAAAGAAGACUGGCAAGAAGGCGCAAGUCACUCGCCUGAUUGAGAACUGCAAGUCCACCGAAGCCGAUAUGGAGAGAAGUCGAGGCGGAGGUGCUGAGGACUCUUUCGCCAAAUACCGUUUCAGGCGCACCCAAUCAGGAUACUACUCCAAGCCUGAUCAGCCUGUUUAUGUGCCACCCAUGCGAAAGAUGGCCUACAACAAUGAGAAUUAUGAUCAUUUCAAUGUUCGCCGUGGAAGUGCUGGAGCCUUCCAGCCCCUGGCUCCGGCAGAUAUGUCACCACCAAUGCAGACACCUAUGCAGAUGCCUCAGAUGCAACCCAUGCAUCCGAUGCAGCCCAUGCAACCGCCUCCAAUGGCGUUCAGUCGAAACAACUCCCUCUGCUCCGAUGGCUACUCCAGUGCUUGUACGGAUUCUCGUCGAGGAUCUCAGUGUUCGGAUUUAUCCAGGCGCUUGUCUAACUGCUCAAUUGGCUCUCGGAGAUCUUCAACUUGCUCCGAGUGCUGCCCCAAUUGCUCCAGACGAACAUCCCAGUGUUCCAAUCCAAUGGAUCCCUAUCGUCGCUUGUCGCAGUGCUCAGAACAUGGAUCACCUCGUAAAUAUUCCCUGGGGCAGACCUUUGAGAGGCGCCCCUCAAACGGUACUGUAGAGACCAACUGGCGCCUUCCUGAGGAUCGCGUAGCUGAAUCACCAGUGAGUCCUCGCAAGUUCUCCAAUGGCUUCGAUCCCAUGAGGAAACUUUCAGCCGGAGCUGAGGAAUAUAUCAAUGGCAGGAGAAUCUCUACGGACAGUGGAUACGAUCGUAAGCACUCAAUUGGAUCAGAUUGUAGUGCUUCACGAUCACGAAGCGGAAGCUUCAUCUGUGGCGCUCACAAUCCUCCCAUUCAGGAACAGCAGAUGAUCGUACGAUCACCAGUGGCUCCCGAUGGGACAAGAGGCUUCGCGGCAAGAACUCGAAAAAUGGGUCAAAUACUGCCACCCGUGUGAAGAUCACUGAUUACGACGUCCCACCGUCUGCUUCGCAAUUCAAGUCCGCCUUCUCAAGUAAUUUAUUAGACCAAUCGCUUCCCUAUCCCCCUCAAGAUACAGGUUAAGAUAUUAUUACUUAUUAACUGAUUGAGCUAAAAUUUGCCUCUAAUCACUAUUUUUUAUUGGAGAAAUUGCUGCAACAUUAUAUUUUAUUAUUAUUCUAUUCUUUAUUUAAAUAAUUUUUAUGUCGAGAAAGUCAGAAUAUCUGAUGGGCUUGUCCCUGAUAGCAUAAAGAAAGAGAUUGAUUCUCAAUUUUUUUUUAGGAACAGAACCUCGAAAAGAAAAUAUUUGAAAUAAUAUUUAUUAUGAUAGAGAAACCUUGUUAUUUGCAUAAGAUCGAUUGUAAGGUGUUUAAAUGUGAGACCAUUGUCAGUAAGAAUUGUUAUUGAUUUUGUAGAGAGAGACUUGUAAUAUUAAAAAAAAAUAUUUCAAUUGAAA